AUCACCAACUUGUAUGGAAAUGAGAUGUUUUCAUAGUACCAAAACCCUGUGUCUGGAUCCCUUACUAUUCCAAAGGUCUUGAUUCCCAUGACCAACAAUGUUCCCAAGACUAAGAUCUUGAGGAAAUUCAGGCUGACUUUGCUGGGGAAUAAUUCCCUCUGACUAGAAGAGGCUAAGGAAGAGGAUGCAGGAUGAUACUGGGACACUGUGCUUGGCAAUUAUGUCAAGUACUAGAACUAGAGGGUAUAUGGUCUUUCUGUGAUCAGAGGCUCCCCAGCUAUCAGCAAAGACUACUUGAUACUGAGUUUUAGAGUUUUGGGGUCUCUUCUUCAUACCGAUGGUUCUCUCUGCUCAAUCCUGAUGUGUUCAGUGGCCCAACAGUGGGACCCCAUGGUUUGACGGAAAGGAAAGGGGAAAGUGAAGGGUAGGGUAGAAACUUUUAUGGGAAACUUUGUGUGUUUUGUGGAGGGAAUAUCAGAGUUCCAUAUCCAAAGGGUCAGGGAAAUCCGUUGUAUUUUCCCCCAGAACAAGAGCAUCAGUUUCAACUUGACAGGUGAAUUUAGGGAAUAAAAAUAAUAGUUCACAUUU